ACAAGAUUUUUGGUCCUAGUGAGAAAUUUUCCCUUUGCUUCUAAUACUUUGGACAGUUUCAUUAUCCGUAACUCUUUUUAUGCAUUAAGUGAAGGCAUUUAUAUAAUUAUACUUUUUAAAAUAUUAUUUCUCAAUUUAUAUCAACGAUGCCCAAUUUCAGGAACGGACCAUUGUCCGGUUACCAAUGGAGACAGGAUGACGCUUCACUGUGAGAUUCACUCACGUUUGUUAGCUAACUUGCUAACUGUAUUUGAUCAACAAAGCCUUAACUUGACAUGGCUUCGAAACAGAACAAAGGACUUAGGGCAGGGUCCAUCGAUGAUGUGCUGGGUGAUCUGUUAGGUGACGAUGACCCCCCGGUGAGGACUCGGUCCCCAGUUCGUAUCCACGGGCAAGGCGGGACUCUGACGUCACGUAGUGGGAAACGGUCCUUGCUGGAUGAUGACUUCUUCAGCAAGCUGGCUGAAGAAGCUGGACAGGAGGAGGGGUCUGAUGUAUCUGAGGCUGAUCCAAAGGCCUUACUGGAGAGUUUGAAGGACAUGGAUGACAUGGAUGCCGACCUCUUUGGAUCAAAGAAAAAACCCAGCUCCGCUCCCCCUCAAACAACAGUCAAGGCUCCUGAAGUUGGGCAUAAAUCUGGAGAUGAGUCAAAAGCAGGAGAGACAGAGAACCCUGAAAGUGAGGUGAAGAAGCCCAGCUCUGCUCCAACUCCUGCCACACGUGGUUACAAGAAGUUCACCUUCAACGACAGGGGCAAUUCUCUCUCGGACCUGCUGGACGAUUCAAGGACAACAGAAGUCCCCAAAGACAGCAUUCCGGAGGACAAAGGGUUACCCCCCUCAGAGAGCCCUGCCAAAAAAAGAGAAGAAACAGCUUCUCCAACCCGAGCACCAAAAAAGCGAGAGGAACUGACAUUUGAUGAUGAUGAGGAUGACCUGAUGGAUGCACUGGGCUUUGGGGAGAGUCCAAAGGGGAAGGGGGUCCAGAAAAAGGAAAGCAACCCCCCACGGCCAGCGCGAACCCGGCUGGAUGAGAUCCUCGGCCGGGGGACAUCUCCACACCUGCUAGAGCGUCCUCCCACUGGCGAGAAGAAGGAAGUGCAGCCAGAGAAGAGUGUCUCCACAAAAGAUGUCAUCGAUGGGGAGGAUGACAUCACAUUUGGCUCCUACCAGCCCACCAUCACCUUGACGCCUGAGGGACGGCAAUCCCGUAGGCAGUCUGUCAGGUUCUCCACAGAGGAGGAUUGCCAGUCUCUGGAGAGGAAGCCAAAGACUGCCUCUCCGUCCACCAAACGCACCAGCAAGCCCCCCACUGACUGGUCGGGGCUUAAACAGGACAGCCAGUCAGUACAGCCAAAACCCAAACAAGCUUCUCCCUCCGGAGCACGACCUAACAAGCCUGCUGCAGACUGGCUAGGACUCAUGCAGGAUGAGGAGGAGGUGGACUACGAGCAGCCAGUGUCUGCACACGAUGGCCAGGUGCCUGUCCUUUCCCUUGCACCCUCACAGGCAGACAAGCAGUCUGCUCCCAGUAGCCAAGCAACACCUGGAGGCCCACCUAGAACCCAAUCAGUCAACACCAAGCCCUCCUCUCCUCAAGUAACCCCUUCCUGGCCCAGACCAGAAAGUUCCACCAGCAGGGAAAGCGAGGACUGGUUGUCAGAGGCACUGACCCGAAAGAAAACCCUCAGUGUCUCCAAGACAGAAGAAAGAGCAGCCCCACACGAAGACCCCCAGGGGCUCGGACAGGAGGUGGACAUAGAGGCGUUUCUCAGCACUAAAAAUACUUCAUCGCUUGCUGGAAGGGGGAGAGUCGAGGACAGAGCAGCUCCUAGCAAGCAGUCCAGUUCUCCGCUGCCCUGGGAGGCCCCCCGUGAACAAGGCACUACAACUGGUCAUCAGAGCCCAGAAAAAGAGGACCGACCAACCCCUGUGUCAUCACAGACAAAGGCGAAAAACACCACAACAGCUGGCGCUCCCCAGUUGUCACUUUCUGCAGAGAGUCUUCAGCAGCUCUUUCUUCAGCAGCAGCUGGCGCAGUCCCAGUUGUGGGGGCUUGGGGGUGCCCUGCAGAGGAAGGAUGCAGAACAACAGUCAAACGAACAUGCCCUCCAAGCUCGCAUCAUUCAGCUAGAGGGUCAGGUGCGCAGCCUACAGCUGGAGCGAGACCAGAUGCAGGUGCUGCUGGAGAGCAUUCAGCAGAGGCACCGGCAGGACACAGAGCUCAUGGAGACCACCCACAGGGCUCGCGUGAAACUGCUGGAGGAGUCGUCAGCUCAGCGGGAGGCCCGGGCGCGGCAGGACAGCGAGGACCUGGCCGAGCGGUUGGCUAGCGUGACGCGGCUGGCGGAGCAGGAACGGGCUGAGCUGCAAGCCCAAUACCAGCGCCGGCUGGCCCAGAGCCAAGAGGACCGGGAUCGAGAGGUGGAACGGUUGCGGGACCUACAGAGAAAGUCCAUCUUGGAGAUGAAGAAGGAUCACGAGGAGCAGGUGCAGCGGCUCAAGCGGCUGAAGGACGAGGAGAUCGAUGCAGUGACCAGCGCUACGUCUCAGACCAGGUCUCUCACGGUGGUCAUCGAGCAGAUGGAGCUCUUCUCUCGCCGACUGGGUGAACUGUCAUCGCGUGUGGAGAGCACUCACGAGCACACAGCCCAGGGCCUGGAGCUAAGCGCACGGCAGCGGGAGGAGCAGCUCCGAGCGCAGCAGAAUGCCAUGGCAGCGGAGCGUGCUCGCCUCAAGGAGGUCAUUGCCAAGAUGGACAUCCAGCUGGCUGAGCAGCAGAGGCAGCUGGAGAAGGAGCGCUGGAGGGUCACAGCGGAGCAAGCCAAGGCGGAAUCAGCCCAGAGGGCCCUGGACGAGGAGAGACGUACCCUGACGCAGCACAUCGCCAUGGAGAGGGAGGAACUGGAGAGAGCCAAGAGUGCCCUGCUGGAGGAGCAGCAGGCAGUCAUGCAGCGGUGCGCAGAGGAGCGCAGGAAACUCUCUGCCGAGUGGGCACAGCUGCACGCCCAGGAGAAGCUGCGGCAGGAGCGGGCCGAACGGGAAGCGAGUCGAGCGCUGGAGAGGGACGCCCAUCGGGAGGGCUCUCUGAUCAGCAUGGUGCAGGAGCAGGCUGAUCUGAAGCUGCGUGCAGCUGAGCUGCGGCUCCGGGAAGAGGCGGUGGCCAAGGAGAAGGCAGAGCUCGAGCACCAGAGGGCAGAGCUGGAGCGAGAGAAGGAGGCGUUGAGCGCGGCCGCACUCCGCCUCAAGGCACGCGCCCAGGAGGUGGAGGCGUUCAGUAAGCUGGCUUCAGAAAGGUACGAGGAGGGUGAGAGGGCACUGCAGGAGGCCCGGCAGGUGGAGGCGGAGCACCACACCCGGCUGCGCAACAUUCAUACCCAGAUGGAACGGCUGAGGCAGCAGGAGCAGCACCUGCACCAGGAGCGGAUACGACUAACGGAGCAUCGCAGGGAGGCGGACCGCCUGAGGCCAAGAAUUCCCAUCAACCCCCAGCUACCUACCACCUCGGUUCUCUCAGAUUUUGCCCCAGUUGCGGCCAGCACUCAGUUGCCACCACCCACAGCCAGCCCUCUGCCAACACUUCCUGGCCCGCAGCUGGGGUCUCCAGAGCUUCAGGCUCGGCUGGCUCUGCUCAGAUACGUAGCGGAAAAGGACCGGGACUUCCUGCAGGACGAACAGUUGUUCCUGGAGACGCUGAAGAAAGCACCGUACAAUUCAGCAUUCCAUACCGCGUGACAACCCAGAAAUCUGUCUUUAUUAUGCUUUAUGCAAUAAAAUUUCUCUAAUAUUUUCCUAAUCGCAAGGUUUGAUUUUUGCCUCCCCAUGCCCAAAUUUACCAAACUUCUGGCAGACUCCGUACUGCACACUCAUAUCUCGGUUACACCGUGCACAGUACAGGUGGUCCCCGAUUUACGAUGGUUCGACUUAUGACUUUUUCAGCUUUAUGAUGGUCAGCUGACGAUAGACAUGCAGUAGAAACCGUACUUCAAAUUUUGAAUUUAGAUUUUUUUUUUUUACCCUGGCAAGCAAAAUGCAGCGCGAUACUCUCUCGCAAUACUAGGCAGCGGCAGUGAUCUGCAUCUCCCAGUCUUGUCACGCAGAGGUGCGUAUUAAGUAUAUUAUUUUCGAAUUACGAUGGGUUUCGCGGAACGUAACCCCAUCACCUGUAUUCUUGUGGUGUUUUCCCUAAAUGGUUUCACAGUACAGUCAUCUUUACCCCAAGGGGAGAUGAGUGCACUGUCCCAACUCCUCAGAGUUGGUCAUGCACAGGAAUAUUUGUAGGAAUGCUGUCGGUACAUAUCAAUUGUUGCUCUUAGAAGUCACGCAAACCUUUCCUUAGCCCAGCGAGCAGCAUUUACUCAAAUGUGAGCUGCCAGCGUUGCAUCGAUGGAAAAACCAUACAAAAAUGACCAAAGGUUCAAAACCAUCUGAGCGACAGACCUGUUUGACAUGUCUCAGAAUAAAAUGUGAACACCCUGUAACGGUCUUUCAUACACCAUCAAUGAAGGAUGGUAAUAAUCACAGUGAGUCAAACGGUGACGAGCAGUGGCACAGGCCUACAUACCGUACCAUAAUUAUUUUAAGUGACAGAUGUCCCACUGGAAAAAUAUUAGGGAUCACUCAAUGUAGCCAUUUAAAUUUCCUAUCAAUUCUGUUAAAGUGCUCCAGUUUGUGGGCUUCAAACAUCCACAUCCCUGACCUCCCCGCUGCCGGACUGAGCCAUAAUUAGCCCAAACACCGCUUUUCAUUUGAAAUGCAAAUGGGUUUUUUUUUUUUUCUCCACUCUGAAGGAGGUGUGGGGAAUAUAUGAUUCAGGCAUCAGGUAAUUCCACAUAAUAACAGUAAGGGCUCCGGCAGCAUAUAUAAAUUCCCUGGUUGGGCUGCCAUCAGUCUGUCACCUUUACCCACUGGAUUCGGUGAUCACAGAACAGAGAAGUGCCAUGAUUUUAGCCACACCGGCAGAGAUGCCUGUCACACGUGCCCUGCCGAUGCCGAACGCCGCGCAGCCGCCGUCUCCCGUGUCACCCGGGCGCCAGCGGAGACACACGCUGCCAGCCAGCGAGUUCCGGCCUCUCAGUCCACAGGAUGCUGCCAGCGUGUUCGAGAUCGAGCGGGAAGGUACAGUACAGACCGUGAGCAACGUUAACGUUCAUUCAUACGCUCUACAGGCCAUUCGUGAAGAACCCUGAUCAUUUAUGAUACACUGAUUACCUAAUUUUUGGGUGCAGCUGUUCAGAAAAAGACCUUAAAAAUUAAAUCUUAAAGAGAUGUUUCCAAACAAUUUUUAAGACUUUUCUUGCUGCUUAUCUCACAAGAGUCCACUGUAAAGCGUAAAGACUGCUAGCAUUAAGUUGGCAAGUCAAUAAAUAAUGAUAAUGAAGUGAUGACAACAGUGACACCGUUGCCUUGGCAGCCUUCCUCUCCGUGUCCGGAGAAUGUCC